AUGGGUGCUCGCCAACGAGCGCAAGCCCGAAGGAAAGGUGAUGGGGGGCAGCAGAAUCACUCACCCUCGCCAUGGAGACACAGCCAGUCGAGUUCCUCUAACAAAGUGCCCAAUGCCCAACGCCGCGGUCUUCUGCAGGACUGGCAAGACUUCUCAGACUCAAGUUCUCCCUAUCCUCGCAACACUGUGUUGAGCAUGACUCAGACGGCUAGGAACACUGAGCGUCAUGCUAUGUCAUGGGGAUCUACACGACUCAGGGAACAGAGAAUCACUUUUAUCAGUGCGGGAGAUCUAAAGCAAGAAGACAUAGUUGCAGUCGCAAAAGAGAACAAUCAAUCCCAGAAAGAAGCAACAUCGUCUGAACAGCCACCGGACAAGCAAGCGGAAGUUGAGAAGGCUCAGCCACGUGUAUCAGAGAGCGAGCAGUCACCUAUUCAUAAUAAUCCUUUAGUCGAAUUAGCCGGACAAAAGCCUCCUGCAAAAAGAGACUCACUUUCAUCGCAAUCCUCUGAAGAGAUCCUUUUUACCGGGCGACAGAACCCUGCACCGAAGCCUCCCGCUGAAGCGUUCCUUCCCAGCUCAGAGCCUACGAUUCCUCGCGAACCUAGAUCUGUGAAAAAGAAGCCUCCAACUCAAAGCUCUCUCCCCACCGCUGGUAUCACCACUCGCGAGUCCAGCUCGUCCGGUUUGGACAAAUUCAGCAAUGUCUUGCCUCCACGUCGAAACAAAAAUUUCGACCGCCACGGUCGUCCUCGAGGUCGACCCGAGAGCCUUCGGAGAAGAGAAGAGGAAGAAGCCAUCAUUAAUGAUUACAUUGCCAAUCUAGCAGUUGACGACGACGACAGUGACGAGGACAAAAUCCCUGAAGAUAACCACACGGUCAAGACUGGGAGAAGAACUGAACAUUUUCGAUUCUUUGAUGGCGCUACUGAGCAAAAGGUCCAUUUGCGACCCAACCAAACCAAGACCCCUGCCAAAGGAUCUAACAACGUCGACCAAGCCAUCGAUUGGAACUCUACCGAUCUGCAAGAUUUUGAUGACUUCAGUACCACCGACGAGGAGGUUGUUGAAAUCAGCCAUGUUCUACGAUAUCGCACACGUCCGAGCGGUCCGCAGUACCUCGUGAGCCCACUUGGCAAAGGCACUGGUGAUCCUCGCUGGGUCCCACACGGAAAGCUGAACUCGGCCUCUGCUGUCAAGGAGAUCCGUAUCUUUGAGGAAAUACGGGCCAUGAAAGUCCAAGAGACUACAGGAGACUCGACGAACUCGGAAUCCUCAGACGCUGACGAACUGUUGGAUGACCUUGAUGAUGAAAUAGAAUCCGAAAAUGAGGAAAACGACCGCUUCUUAGAUCGUACCGCGCGGAUGACGGACGAGCAGAUCGCGCGAGCAUUGGCAAAGCAAGAAGAGUUGGGUAUGGGUGGCGACGAGCUGCUCUUGUUCGACGGCCAAAUUGAUGAAGAUGACGAGAUUGAUGACGACGACGACGAGUUUGCAGCCGGCGAUGGGUUCAUCCCUUUUUCCUCGAAGAAGCACAUUUCCAGCCGUACCAAGUCAAAGAAAAACAGACGCGAGCGUGACAGUUUCCCCUCUGCAACUGCUUUCGCCGAUGCCCUUGAUCAGGAUCCAUACGGGGCCUUUGACAUUAUGGAUUUUGACCGACCCAGUCUCCGACCUAAGAAAAAGGGACGCAAGUCGGACUUGCCUUUCGACCUCGGUGUCGAGGAUGAGGAACUCGCUGAACGUCUUCGCAACACCUGGAACAAGGACCGGGAAAAGAAGGCGGCCCGCAAGCGCGAGAAGCUUCAGGAGCGCGAGGCUGCUCUUCUAGAAGCAUCUGAACGCAGUCAUCCUGUCGCCAUCAAAGCAGAAAUCCGACAAUUUUUGGUUGAGGAAGUCACGACGCUGAAGCUGGCGCCUAUGGAUGCUGCAACUCGGGCUUCAGUCCAUCGGCUUGCCAAGUCGCUCAAGUUGCAGUCAAAAUCCGAGGGCAAGGAUGGCCAUGGCAUAGGGCGCUACCCUAUCUUGACCAAGGGGCCGCAUACUCCCCGAUACACGAUUGAUACGGUUUGGGAGAUCGACGCUUUGAUGAGCCUCGGAAAGUUCUUCCCAAGGACAAGAAUCAGUGCCUACGAAAAGCGCGGUACACCAAGAUCUAGCACGGCGAAACCCAGGAGAGGGGGUGGUGGAGCCGCGUCUGGUGCCACGUACAUGAACGGUGACAUUGUAGGAGCGUCUGCCCCAGAGAUAGGUGCGGACAAUAAAGGUCGGGCGAUGCUGGAAAAAAUGGGCUGGGUAGAAGGCGUGGGACUAGGCGCCAUCGGAAACAAGGGCAGUCUCGAAGCCAUCAAGCACGUCGUAAAGACCACAAGGGCUGGACUAGGCUAG